AUGACGAAACAAAGCAAAGAUGAUGCUAUCAUCAAAGUAGUAUUGGAAUAUUUUUAUCAACAAAAUAGACCUUACAGCAUCGUUGACAUCUUCAAUAAUUUACAUAAAGAAUAUGGUAAAACGGCUAUUAAUAAAGCGGUGCUGGAUCUAGUAGAGGAGAAGAAACUAAUCGAAAAGACUUACGGAAAGCAAAAGGUGUACGUGAUCAAUCAGGCAUCAAUGGAAACUGUUAGCAAUGAUGAAAUUAAUGAAAUGGACAAAAACAUUGCCAAUUUGCAGAACGAAUUAAAGACUCUACAGAGCUUUUGUGGUUCAGUUGAAUCAGAAAUUAAGGUGUUAGGGAAUACGUUGAGCACCGAAGAUGCGAUAAAAACCAGCGAUGAAUUAACAGAAGAGUGCGCAAAGCUUGAAGAAAAUUUAAAAAAAGUUAAGGAAGUUGCGAAGAAUGUAUCUCCAAAAGAAAGGGAUGAGGUAUACUUAAAUCUUAAAAAAUACGUUGGCCAUUGGCGAAAGAGGAAGCGCAUGGGUUCUGAAAUGAUUAAUUGUAUCUUGGAAGGCUAUCCAAAAAGCAAGAAACAAUUUUAUGAGGAAGUUGGUAUCGAAACAGAUGAGGAUUAUAAUGUGACUUUCCCUGAUCUGACUAAAUUUAAUAUUAAAACAUAA